UAACAGAAGGCGGGUUCUCGACCGCUUCUCAACACAGGCCACAUAUAUAUUGCGAAGUCCGGCAUGUCUGGACAUUAUUGGCACUUGAUGUCGAGCAAAUUUAUGCGCAAAGACUGUGUGCACUGAAACUGACCGUAACUUGAGUGGGAGACGCACACAAGACGUAUUAUUGCUAGACACACGCUUACACUGCGCUCAGACGUUCUCCACCCAAGUCUGAACUAUUUCUCUACAAGAAAAGACCCAGAGGCGGUAGCCAUCGUGAUUGGAAACCAACGUCCGAAAGCGAAAUACGGCUAUUCACUGGUGACGGGUCCCCGGUGCCCAGAGUGGACUCGCUCCGAAUAUCGUGGAUGCAUAUCAAGUCUAACGGUUCCAAUGAAACCGCACUUAGAAAUAUCACCGCCAAGGCGGAGAAUGCUCUCGGCCUCAUCCGUAGGAUCGCCAACAGGCACUGGGGAAUCAAGGAAUACAAUCUCAUCCGCAUUAUACAUGCUUUUGUGCUCUGCCACCUUUCAUACUCGGCGGCCAUGCAUAAUUGACAUGUUGCAGAGAGGAACAAGAUCAAUUCCCUCAUCAGAAAGGUCUUUAAGCUCACCCUCGGCUUACCUGUAAGCAUUCACACCGAAAACCCGUUCAAGCUCGAAGUCCACAGCACGCUCGAAGAAAUAAUCGAGGCGCCAGAGCGCUCACAGCUGCUCAGGCUAUCCGGCACCCCGGCGGGCCGCGAGAUACUCAACGAGAUGGGCCUCAACCCUGUCGACCAGUGCCCCGACGCCGUGCGGAUUCCCAGCGACAUCAGGUCUUUACUGCACAUCGCGCCCAUUCCCCGCAAUAUGCAUCCCGCACACAAUUUCGGCAGACGUCGGGCCAGGGGUAGAGCUGUACUCGAGCAUGUCCGUAACACCCACAUUGAGGCAAGCUUCGUGGAUGCCGUGCAUAUGUCCAACAAGUAGCAUUCGCCAUCUCCAUCGUCGACUCCAAUUCGAGGCUCACUUGCUGCGCUACAGUACGUACUCCGAAGUCCGUGGUAGCCGAACAGGUUGCAAUCCCGCUGGCUGUGCUCGAUGGUCGCAGAGAAUAAAUAUAUAGUGAUUCCAAGGCAACCAUUAAGGCCUACCGAAUCGAGAUGUUCUCCCCUCAGGCCCUCCGCAUUCUCCAAAGCGCCACAAGUAUCUCUCCCCAUUCUCUCACUUGGUUUCCCGCUCACCUGGGGUCGACUGAGGGCUCUCCUUCUAACCCUAACGAGGGCGCGCACGACGCCGCGCGAGGACUCACUGACCGCGCCGCCUCCGCAGUCCCCCUGCCCCGCGAGGAACCCUUGCUCACGUUCAUUGAUAUCACCACACACUACUAUCUGUCAAGACGGGCAUUCCCCCUCCCGCGCCCUGCCUUAUGCAAGGCGCGGGCAGUGACCCUUCGACCUUUAGAAGCCCGUGCGUAUCCUAACCUUGCGGUUCUUCGUGCAAUAUACCCUGAAAAGCAUCCCAGUACGGACUGCCCUGCCUGUGGACUGACGGAAACAUUACAUCAUAUGUUGUGGAAGUGUGAAGCCAUCGGCUCCUCCUUCGGCGAGGAUAGGUAGGCUGCGCUUUUGGGCAGCCCCGAACUCAACGACCAAACCCUGGCCGUCCAGAGUGCCCGCGAUCGGGCCGUCAAGCUCGGAUUGGUGGCGUGGGGUCUCUGCGUCUUCUCUGGACCGAAAAAAGUUAUUACACUGACUCACUCGCUCGCUCGCUCACUCACUCACUCACUCACUCACUCACUCACUCACUCACUCACUCACUCACUCACUCACUCACUCACUCACCCACGCUUCGGGACAUCGAUUCAAGAAUUCACUGCUGAAUUCCUGCACUGGUAACAAAGAAAGCGGGCGUUCGACCUCUGUUGAGCACACGCCACGUUCAUUUAGGGAAAAUACCGCACGUCUGGACGCUAUCUGCACUUGGUCUCGAGAAAAUUAUCCGAACGACUGCGUACACCGACACUGGACGUAACUUGAGUGUGAAGAGGCACGGCUCGUAGGUCUCUUUUAGGUCACAGCGUUACUGCUUUAUCAGUUUUUUUUUCACAGACAGUUAUCGCACCGAGAUUAACGUCUAGCACCACCAAACGCCCCAAGCGCUAUGUCAGAUGGAAGUUCGAAAUCUGCCUGGGCUUAUCAAACGAUAAGCAGGGAGAAAGUUCAGUCGGCAUGCGCUCGCGUUUCGUAACAAGCUGAGACGUAGUUUAGCGCUCACAAGAACUGGACAAAGCAGUGGCGCAAGGCUGGGAAGCUUAUCAUGGUGCUGAGUGAAAGUACUGUUCAAGUGCCUCAUGAACUUGCGGUUCCAAACCUUGAGGACUGGGAAGGUAACGUGGUCGGCGCAACACUAGAAAUCAGAAAAGAAUCCCUACAGCGCUUGCAGAAACUUCUCAAAGGAGAUACACUGCUCAAGGAGCCUCAAGAUGAAAAGGUGCUCGUGAUGUUUCUUCGCUCGCGAAAGUACGACGUUGCGUCUACGUUUAGAGCCAUCGAGAACUACUUUCGGGCUCGCAAAAAUAUGCCGGAGUUCUUCAGAAAUCUUACACCGGCAAAUAUUCCAUACAAGACUGUCUGUACAGACAAUAGGCUUAUGUUGGUUUCUAAAGAAAAGGAUCACCUGGGAAGAUCAGUGGGGCUGCUGCGAAUAGGAGCAUGGAAAUCCAGCAUCUGUUCGCUUACAGACCUCACGAGAUGUCUGCUUGUCCUCACUGAAAGCCAUUUGACCGAAGAAGAAACGCAGAUUAAAGGUUUCGUGAGUGUCUUCGAUGUGGAAGGGCUGAGUCCGUAUCACCUGGCACACCUGACUCCCCGGUACUUCAUGAAAAUACUUCACGUUCUCCAGGACUGCCUUCCGCUAAGGACAGAAAAAAUAUAUGUCGUGAACAACCCAUCAAUAUUCGCUGUCUUAUUUGCUGUGGCGAAGCCGUUCUUGCAUAGGAAGCUCCUGAGCAAAAUCGAGCUGCUUGGUUACGACUUCAGCAAGCUUCUGGCCGUAGUACCAGCCGACAUAAUACCGAAGAGACAUGGAGGUACGCUUGAAGACUUUGACUACCACAGCCAAGAGACAUUCAUAGAACAACGAAGCCCCUACUUCGAGCAGAUGGAUCGUUGCGGUUACUAAACUCUAAAGAACAA